GUUUGUUGGUGGUGCAGAAUUAUUUCCAACGUCUUUUUCAAUGAACGUGUAUUUCUUGCUUUAAAAAUAUCAGAUGGUGUGCAAGCCUAAUUCUUCCCGCAGUGAUAACAGUCGUAUUAUACUGGAUUAAUAAAAUCAUCACAGUGCUGCACGCAGAAGAAUGUUUUACCGUUUUCUGAUGGUAUAAAUUUUAUUGGAUUUAAUUUCAUUUAUUUAAAUUAUUUGUAUCAGUCAUGGAUGUUGUUAUCGCAGCGUCUGUUUUGGCCGUUUGUGCGUUGAUGAUUAUGGCGGCCGCCCGCGUUGUCCGGAGAUCCAGCUUAAAAAGCAAGAAAACACUGCCGCCUUCGCCGUUUUCCCUUCCUUUCCUGGGAUCGCUACCGUUUGUGGAUCCAGCUGGAUUGCAUUUAACCCUGCGUAAAUGGGCGUUGAAAUAUGGGAAUAUUUUCUCCUGCUACUUGGGACCCAAAGUCUACAUUGUCCUCAACGACUUCCGGCUGGUCAAGCAGAUUCUGCAUGCCUCCUGCGAGGUGUUUGGGGGACGGCCCAAUUUCUUCCUCACGCAGAUGUCGCUGAAGAAAGAUGAGCCGUUUUCCAAAGGCAUUGUCCUGAACGAAGGCGAAGCAUGGAAAGUGCACCGGCGUUUCGCGCAGAAAGUCUUCCGUGAUUUCGGCGUGGGCACCAACGUCUUCGAGCAAGUCAUCAACGAGGAAGCCGUGGCACUGUGCAAUGAUUUCGAGCAGGAAUGCGGAAAACCCUUUGAUAAUACGUGGUUGAUUAAGAAAGCGGUGGGCAACGUCAUCGCCUACAUUCUCUUUGGCACGCGCUUCUCCCAUGAAGACGAGAACUUCCGGCACACGGUGAAGUUCAUCGAUCAGACCAUCGAAGAGAACAUGGCCAGUUCGGCGCUGCUGAAUUUCUUUCCCUGGCUGCGGUAUAUCCCGCCGUUCUCCCGGCAGUAUCAGUCGCUGCGCAAGGAGCUGGAGCACUUCCGGCAGCGGAAGGCCAUGCUGAUCAAAGGCCGCGGGGAACUGCCGGUCCAUGAUGCGUCGGUACAGAAUUAUGUCGAUGCGUUCCUGAGUCAUAUGGAAACAACGAAAGAUCCGUAUUUUACUGAUUUCCAAAUGCGGCAGUGCGUCGGUGAGAUCUUUGCGGCGGGAUUCGCCACCACCGCGUCAACCAUACGCUGGAUACUGCUGUACAUUGCCAUACACCGUGAUAUCCAGGACGCCAUACACGCUGAACUGGAUAAACAUGUCGGCUUAACCCGGCAGCUACAAUGGUCCGACAGGUCCAGCUUGACCUUCCUGGAAGCCACCAUCCUGGAGUCGCAGCGUCUGGCCACGGUCGUGCCGUUCCUUAUACCACGCCGGACUCUCCAGAACACCACGAUCGGCGAGUAUUACAUUCCCGCGGAUACGGUGCUGCUGCCGAAUGCCUGGUACAUCCACCAUGAUCCGCAAUUAUUCCCGGAACCCGACAAGUUCUGCCCCAGCCGGUUUAUCGGUCCGGAUGGACAUGUGAAAAUCCCCGAGGGGUUCUUACCAUUUGGGACAGGAAUAAGGGUGUGUCCCGGUGAGAAUCUGGCCAAGAUGGAGCUGCUACUCUUCGUCGGGACGUUGUUGCAGAACUUUGACGUUAGUCUCCCGGCCGGCGUGGUUCCCGAUUUAUCUCCCAGUACGGGAUCGACGUACGAUGCUAAACCUUACCAAAUUGUUAUUAGUAAACGCACAAUCUGCCCGGAACAAAAUCAGCCUGAGUAGUGGAAACUGGACGCUUACCAGCUGUAUAUAACUAUGGUUAUGCAACAGGCACACUGCAGUGUAUUUACAUGUGUCUGGAACCUGCAGCUAUAGAAUCGUUUGUUACAAUACGAGUACUUAAUUGUUGUAAUUUUGUUGCCCCAGAUACCUGUAGUCCUGUACAAAUGUGCACAUAGACCAGAAUUAUCGUUUCUGCAGAAUUUUCAUUAUUGAUAUUCGAUACCAUUUCCAGUAACUGGGGAUCGUCGUUAAAGCUUUUUCUGUGCAAUACUGCCGGCACACGCUCAAAAAUAAAC